AUGGAAGAAUCCCUCAUCCUCUCCAAAUUUGACAAUCUCGUCCGAUCCGGCAUCGUCCAAUACGACGAUAAACAACAAAUCAUCGAGCACGUUGAUGGCGACCUCAAGUUCCAAUUUUUCCUCACUUCUGCUCUCAUCAAAAAGCCCACCCUAACAACCGCCGAGUCCCAACCCGAUGCCGACGCCCAAAAGCCCGAAAAGCGAGAAGGCAGCGACAUAAGCACCACCGGGUUCGAGCUCGGCGCGCUAGAUAGCCACUUAGUGAUCGUGAACAAGUUCUGCUUUGCGCGACCCCACCUCAUGCUCCUCACUUUCGAUGGAUACAAACGACAAUAUGAGGCGCUUGACGAAUCCGAUCUAAACGACACGUGGCAACUGCUGAACUCUGCGAAGAGUGACUACGUUCAUCUACAGGUGAUGCCCUUGCCGGCAAACAGUUUUGCUGCCUUUUUGCAUUCCCCCGAAGAACCCGAGACCAAGGUUCCAUUUCAGUGGUUCUAUCGACGCUUUGAGAGUCAUGUGACUCCCGCUGCGUUAUUCGGAACUUACAAAGAUCUGCUGGAGGAGGCUUCGAAGGUGGCUGGGGACAAUACGACGGAUGCACCGCCUGGGGCGGUCUGUCCGCAUAAUGUGAUUUUUACUAAGAGGCGGAUGAUCGUGCUACCCAGAAGACAAGGCGCGAUUAAUAAGGAGGCAGGGGUGAAUUCGUUGGGAAUUCUGGGAGUGAUCGCCGUGGCUACGACGAAGGAGAUUGAUAAUUGGGUCAGGUUGGGUUUAACGGAGUCACUAGCAGAGCUGGGAGUAUCCAAGGAGAUAUAA